CUCUCAUUGGACUGCACCUAAGAGCCAAACUGUCAGCCCAUGUGGCGUGGCCAUCGAGGAUGUCAGACAUUUAAAUGAAACAGACACAGGGACUCAGAAGGGCGAGAGUAAUUUUUAGGGCUUGGCCAAAGGGGGAAUCACGAAACUCUCCAUUCUGUACCGGGAGCCGACAAAAAUUAAGAGGAGUAUAGUCGACUCUAUCCCAAAGGAUCUGCGUGAAACAACGUUAAUCUGUACACACACCCAGAAUCAAAGAAAAUCUAGCCAGAAAUGGAGGAUAUCGUUAUAGCUGGAAUUUCAGGUCGCCUUCCUGAGUCUAACAAUUUGGAAGAAUUUUGGCAGAACCUUUUCAAUGGAGUGGACAUGGUCACAGAAGACGACAGACGGUGGAAACCAGGUCUGUAUGGCCUUCCCAGAAGAAAUGGAAAACUAAAAGAAAUCGACAGAUUUGAUGCAGCCUUCUUUGGUGUGCAUCCCAAACAGGCCCACACCAUGGACCCACAGCUGAGGCUUAUGCUAGAGAUAUCGUACGAGGCCAUCGUCGAUGGAGGCAUAAACCCGGUGUCCAUGCGUGGCAGCAAGACUGGCGUCUACAUUGGAGUGAGUGGCUCAGAGGCGGGAGAGGCCUUCAGUAAAGACCCAGAAGAGCUGCUGGGAUACAGCAUGACAGGAUGCCAGCGAGCCAUGUUUGCCAACCGCUUGUCUUACUUCUUUGAUUUCAAUGGUCCCAGCACGGCCAUUGACACCGCAUGCUCCUCUAGUCUGCUGUCUCUGGAAAAUGCUUUCAAUGCUAUUCGCCAUGGCCAAUGUGAUGCAGCACUUGUGGGUGGAGUUAACCUGCUGCUCAAGCCCAACACCUCAGUGCAAUUCAUGAAACUGGGCAUGCUCAGUCCUGAGGGAGCCUGCAAGUCAUUCGACGCCUCAGGAAAUGGCUAUUGCCGCUCAGAAGCUGCUGUCGCAGUACUCUUGACCAGGAAGUCUAUGGCUAAGAGAAUCUAUGCCACAGUGCUCAAUGCUGGCAAUAACACAGACGGCUACAAAGAACAAGGUGUGACAUUCCCAUCAGGUGAGAUGCAGCAGCGCCUGGUCCGUUCCCUUUAUGAGGAGGCCAACAUAUCACCUGAGCAAGUGGAGUACGUUGAGGCCCACGGCACUGGUACUAAGGUUGGGGAUCCUCAGGAAGUGAAUGGCAUUGUGAGUGUAUUCUGUCAGUCACAGAGGGAUCCUCUUCUGAUUGGCUCAACCAAAUCCAACAUGGGACACCCAGAGCCUGCUUCUGGAUUGGCAGCUCUUGCCAAGGUGGUUUUGUCUUUGGAACAUGGCAUAUGGGCUCCCAACAUCCAUUUCCAUGAUCCAAACCCUGACAUUCCUGCUCUAACGGAUGGCCGGGUGCGUGUAGUGUCGGAGCCCAUACCUGUCCGUGGGGGCAUUGUGGGCAUCAACUCAUUUGGGUUUGGAGGCUCAAAUGUCCAUGUGAUCCUGCGUCCACAUGGUUCAAAAUCACUGGCUCAAGCUGCACAACCUUCAAUCCCCAGACUCCUGCAGGCCUGUGGUCGCACUGAGGAUGCGGUUACUUCCCUUCUCAGCAAUGCCCAACAGCAUAAGGAAAACCCAAGCUACCUGUCUUUAAUGAAUGAUGUGUCUGGAGUUCCAACGACAAGCAUGCCGUACAGGGGCUAUGCACUAAUCGGAGCACAGGGAGAGCUUACAGAGGUUCAACAGAACCAGCCCACACCAAGAGCUCUCUGGUACAUUUGCUCAGGAAUGGGCACACAGUGGGCAGGAAUGGGCCGUAGUCUGAUGCAGCUGCCUGAAUUCCGGGAGUCAAUCCAGCGUUCGGACGUGGCUCUAAAGGAAACAGGGCUGUGUGUGUCUCGCUUGCUCAUGGACGCUGAUGAGAGCACUUUUGAAGAUACUGUCCAUGCAUUUGUUGGUCUUGCAGCAAUCCAGGUCGCCCAGAUUGACAUGUUGCAGAAGAUGGGUCUACAGCCUGAUGGGAUCGUGGGCCACUCUGUGGGAGAGCUGGCGUGUGGUUACGCCGACGGCUCCCUGAGCCACAGCGAGGCAGUUCUAGCCGCUUACUGGAGAGGACGCUGUAUUAAAGAGGCCAACCUGCCCCCGGGGGGCAUGGCUGCAGUGGGCCUAACGUGGGAAGAAUGCAAAGCUCAAUGUCCACAGGGUGUCGUUCCUGCAUGUCACAAUGCUGAGGACACUGUCACCAUCUCAGGCCCUCAGGACUCUGUCAGCAAGUUUGUUGCCCAGCUGAAAGAGAAUGGUGUGUUUGCCAAAGAAGUGCGCAGUGCCGGUGUGGCUUUUCACUCAUAUUAUAUGGCCUCUAUUGCUCCAGCCCUCCUGUCUGCACUGCAGAAGGUAAUAAAGAGCCCAAGACCUCGCUCGGCACGCUGGAUCAGCACGUCCAUCCCGCAGCCGGACUGGGAGAGCCCACUGGCACUCUAUUCUUCUGCAGAGUACCACGUCAAUAACUUGGUCAGCCCUGUGCUCUUCCAGGAGGGACUCAACCAUGUGCCAGAUAAUGCUGUGGUAGUAGAAAUUGCCCCACAUGCUUUGCUGCAGGCCAUCCUGAAGCGAAGCCUAAAACCAACCUGCUCCAUCCUCCCCCUAAUGAAAAGAGGACAUGUCAACAAUCUGGAGUUCUUCCUCUCUCAUGUGGGCAAGAUCUACAUGAAUGGGAUUAACGUGGACAGUAAUAAUUUAUAUCCAGCUGUGGAAUACCCUGUUCCGACAGGGACUCCCCUCAUCUCCCCUUACAUUCAGUGGGAUCACUCCCAGAUCUGGGAUGUGCCCAAGGUGGAGGACUUCCCUGCUGGCUCAGGGGGAUCCACCUCUGCCACCGUGUACAAUAUCGACAUGAACCCAGAGUCUCCUGAUUACUACAUGAUUGGUCAUUGUAUUGAUGGCCGGGUGCUGUACCCAGCCACAGGAUAUCUGGUUCUGGCCUGGAGGACUCUGAUGAGAUCACUAGGCACAGUCAUGGAACACACGCCUGUCACAUUUGAAGACGUCACCUUCCAUAGAGCCACCAUCCUACCCAAGACAGGGUCUGUCCAGCUGGAGGUGCGACUCAUGCCCGCCACUAACCGUUUUGAGGUGUCUGAGAAUGGAAAUCUGGCUGUCAGUGGUAAAGUGAGUCUCUUGGAAGACACUGGACUUGAUACUUUCCAUGCUGAGCUGAAUAAACCAAUGCCUUCAGACAAGGAAGAUCCAAAACUGCUUUUGAAAUCCGGGGACAUCUACAAAGAGCUGCGUCUACGUGGAUAUGACUACGGCAAGACCUUCCAGGGGAUACUGGAAUCUAACAACGCAGGUGACUGUGGAAAACUUCACUGGACAGGUAACUGGGUGACAUUUUUAGACACCAUGCUGCAGAUGAUUGUUGUGGGGCUGCCUGGUCGCAGCUUGAGACUGCCCACUCGCAUCCGCUCUGUGUGCGUGGACCCAAAACUUCAUGAGGAGAGGGUGAACGAGUAUGCAGAAGACCAGAAAGCUGUGGACGUUCAUGUUAAUCGUUGUCUGGACAACAUAACAGCGGGAGGAGUUCAGAUCUGUGGGCUUCAUGCUACCGUAGCACCCCGUCGCCAACAGCAGCAGACUCCACCCACUUUGGAGGAGUUUGCCUUUGUUCCCUAUGUGGACUCAGAUUGCCUCAGAACCAGUGAGAAACUUGGGGACCAGCUGAGACAUUGCAAAGGUCUAGUACAGCGUCUGCAGAGGAAGCUGGCCAAUCAGGGAGUGAAGAUCUCCAUCCCUGGGUUAGAAGAUGCGACCGAAGGCCAGCUGAUUGGAGCAGAGGCGGAAAAAGGUCUGUUGCGGCUGCUCUCUGUGUUGUGCGGACUGGAGCUGAACGGGAACCUGCGCUCUGAGCUGGAACAGACGGUGGAGAAGGAGAGAGACUGUCUGGUGCAGGACCCUCUGCUCAACGGCCUGCUGGACUCCCAGGCUUUACGCCACUGCUUGGACACGGCUCUCGAGAACAGCACUUCUGGAAAACUCAAAGUCCUGGAGGCUCUAGCUGCCAACGGCCGUGUGUUUUCUCGAGCUGUUGGUCUCCUCAAUAUCCAGCCGAUGUUGCGUCUCGACUACACCGCUUCAGAUGUCUCCGCUGACCAGCUUUCUGCUCACCAGAGCUCCCUGGAGGAGCAGGGCAUCUCAUCCGCUCAGUGGGACCCUCUUCAGGGCCCAGCAACAGGCGGUCUGGAUGGGGCUGACCUGGUUGUGUGUAACUGUGCAGUAGGACCAACAACCAAUCCUGCACUCCUGAUCGAGAACCUGACUUCAGCUGUGAGAGAUGACGGUUUUGUUUUGCUCCACACCCUACUCAGAGGAGACACUCUAGGGGAGACGGUAGCUUUCCUCACGUCUCAAAGCAACCAGGAAGGUUUCUUGACUCAGACUGAAUGGGAGGGGCUUUUCAAUAAGGCCUCUUUAAAUGUGGUCAUGCUAAGAAAAUCCUACUACGGCUCCGCUCUGUUCCUUUGUCGCCGUCGCCAACAGUCCUCUCAUAAACAGCCCAUCCUUAUUUUCGUGGACCCUACUGACUAUAAAUGGGUAGAGAAUCUAAAGAGCACUUUAGUUGAGUCAUCUGAUAUCCCAGUCUGGCUCAUUGCCACUAAGGGUCAUAAUGGAGUGGUGGGAAUGGUGAACUGCCUCAGACAGGAGCCCGGAGGCAACCGUAUACGGUGUGCAUUUGUUUCUAAUUUAAGUAAGGGCGCUGCAGUCCCCUCGCUUGUUCCUACUGAAAAGAGCAUGAAGGCAUUACUGAACAAGGAUCUGGUCAUGAACGUGUACCGGGAUGGGCUGUGGGGUGUAUUCAGACACCAGUUGUUAACACAAGAUCUUAGUGAGGAGUUGACAGAGCAGGCGUACGUGAACGUCCUGACCCGUGGUGACCUCUCAUCGCUGCGCUGGAUCGCUUCCCCGCUGCGUCAUUUCGUCCCUUCCAACCCCAACGUGCAGCUCUGCCGCGUUUACUACUCCUCCCUCAACUUCAGAGACAUCAUGCUGGCCACUGGCAAACUGCCUCCAGAUGCCAUCCCUGGAGACAUAGCGCUGCAGCAAUGCAUGCUGGGAAUGGAGUUUUCAGGGCGAGACCCCAGUGGGCGACGUGUAAUGGGUUUGCUGCCAGCUAAAGGCCUGGCCACCUGUGUGGAUGCAGACAAGCGUUUCCUUUGGGAUGUUCCAUCCAGCUGGACACUAGAGCAGGCUGCCUCCGUUCCAGUGGUGUAUGCCACCGCUUAUUAUUCCCUAGUGGUGCGAGGGCGUCUGAGGCCUGGAGAGAGUGUGUUGAUCCAUUCAGGCUCUGGAGGGGUGGGACAGGCCGCUAUUGCUAUUGCACUUAGUAUGCGCUGUCGAGUGUUUACAACUGUGGGUUCUGGAGAGAAGAAGCAGUACCUGCAGGAAAGAUUCCCUCAGCUUACAGCAGAAUCCUUUGCUAAUUCUAGAGACGCCUCUUUUGAACAGCAUGUAAUGCUCCACACUCAGGGCAAAGGAGUUGAUUUGGUACUAAACUCCCUUGCUGAAGAGAAGCUGCAGGCCAGCUUGCGUUGUUUGGCCAGACAUGGUCGUUUCCUGGAGAUUGGCAAAUAUGACCUUUCCAACAACACACCGCUAGGUAUGGCUCUAUUCCUAAAGAACGUGGCUUUCCACGGCAUUCUGCUGGACGCUUUGUUUGAGGAAGGCAACAGGGAAUGGGAGGAGGUAUCUGAGCUGUUGAAGAAGGGAAUCACCAGUGGGGUCGUUCAGCCAUUACGUACCACAGUCUUCGAGAGGAAUCAGGUGGAGGACGCCUUCCGCUACAUGGCUCAGGGCAAACACAUCGGCAAAGUCCUUCUGCAGGUACGUUCAGAGGAGACAAGCAGCACUGUUCCUGCAGUUUCUCCUAUUUCUAUCCCCGCUAUCUGCCGUACCUUCUGCCCUGCCUCUCUCUCGUACAUCAUCACUGGAGGCCUGGGUGGUUUCGGGUUGGAGCUGGCCCACUGGCUCAUUGAGAGAGGUGCUCGUAAACUGGUGCUGACGUCACGGUCUGGCAUCCGCAACGGUUAUCAGGCCAAACGUAUUCGAGAGUGGCAGGCCAUGGGCAUUCAGGUCCUCGUGUCUACUAGUGAUGUCAGCACAAUGGGAGGGACGGAGCAUCUCAUCACUGAGGCCUGCCGCUUGGGUCCAGUUGGUGGCAUCUUCCACCUUGCCAUGGUCCUUAAAGAUGGCAUGCUGGAGAAUCUGACCCCACAGCAGUUCAUUGAUGUCAAUAGACCCAAAUAUGGUGGAACCAUCAAUCUUGACAACGUGACUAGGCAGAAGUGCCCACAGCUUCAGCAGUUUGUGGUCUUCUCCUCGGUCAGUUGCGGCCGUGGAAACGCUGGCCAGAGCAACUACGGGUUCGCCAACUCCACCAUGGAGCGAGUGUGCGAGCAGCGCCACCACGACAACCUGCCCGGCCUGGCCAUACAGUGGGGCGCCAUUGGAGAUGUGGGUGUCGUCUUGGAGACUAUGGGCGGCAAUGAUGUAGUGGUUGGUGGCACGUUGCCCCAGCGCAUGUCUUCCUGUUUGGAGGUGCUGGAUAGGUUUCUGUGCCAGCAGAAGCCUGUAAUGUCCAGCUUUGUGUUGGCAGAGAAAGUGGUGGUCGCUAAAGGAGAAGGAAGCGGAAAGCGGGACCUGGUGGAGGCUGUGGCUCAUAUUCUGGGCGUGCGCGACGUGAACAGUUUGAAUGCUGACGCCUCAUUGGCUGAUCUGGGUCUCGAUUCGCUGAUGGGUGUUGAGGUUAGGCAGACACUAGAGAGGGACUACGACAUCGUCAUGGCAAUGAGGGAAAUCCGACAGCUAACCAUUAACAAGCUGCGGGAGCUUUCCAGCCAAUCAGGCGGGAAAGAGGAAUCCCGAGCUACUCCUGCAAAGCGCUCUGGUGCUCAAGCUCUGCUGGAGUCAGAUCUCAGCCGGAUGCUAGUGAACCCUGAUGGCCCUACAGUGGCCCCGCUGAACGAGGUUCAGAGUGCCGAGAGGCCUUUGUUCCUCAUCCACCCCAUUGAGGGAUCCAUUGCCGCCUUCCGCACUCUCACCGGAAAGCUUAGCGUGCCAUGCUAUGGCCUGCAGUGCACCAAAGCCGCACCUCUAGACAGUAUCCAGAGUCUUGCUGCUUACUACGUGGAGUGCUUGAGGCAGGUUCAGCCAGAGGGGCCGUAUCGCAUCGCUGGCUACUCGUUCGGUGCAUGUGUGGCUUUUGAGAUGUGCUCACAGCUGCAGGCAGCCAAAUGCCCUGUGGAAUACCUCUUCCUGUUUGAUGGCUCGCACUCUUACGUGGCAGCUUAUACACAGAGUUACAGAGCCAAACUGACCCCUGGCAAAGAGUCUGAGGCAGAGACUGAAGCUCUAUGUGCUUUUAUCCAACAGUUCACUGGCAUUGAGUAUAACAAGCUGUUGGAGACAUUGUUACCUCUGUCUGACCUGGAGGCUCGUGUGAACAAGGCUGUGGAUCUCAUCACAUCCAGCCAUAAGAAUGUCAGCCGAGAUAUGCUCCAUUUUGCUGCUUCUACUUUUUACCACAAACUGAAGGCUGCCGACCGCUACGUUCCAACUUCUAAGUAUCAUGGCAAUGUCACCCUGCUGAGAGCCAAGGCCAGCAGCGAGUACGGUGAUGGUUUAGGAUCUGACUACAAGCUGCAUGAGGUGUGUGACGGGAAGUUGUCCGUUCAUGUGAUCGAGGGAGACCACCGGUCCUUCCUGGAGGGAGAAGGUGUUGAGUCCAUCUCAGGCAUCAUCCACAGCUCACUGGCUGAGCCCAGAGUCAGCACUAGAGAGGGCUGAACCUUCCGGCAAACGUCUUUUACUUCUUUUUUCCACCCUUACUCUGUUACUUUCACCUGACAAACCAAAACACUGUCUCGGCAUAUUAAAGCAUGCAUGUCUGUGAUAUCUUCGUACCUCUCAGCCACACAGCAACCUUUUCCUUCUCAUCUUUCUCAUUCUCUUGAUAUCUUAGUUGCAUAUCACUACUUACUUCUCACUAAAAGUUUAUAUUCCACUCUGGGAACAAAAACACACACGUUGUUUGCUUGCUUUAUCGGUUAAGAAUCAAUCAGCUGCCUGUUCAUCGUCUUUAAAUCAUUAUACGUUACUGUGAAAUAUAAAAUGUCACUAAUUUCUAGCAUGUGAGUCUAGUUAAGUGCCAUCACUGACACUGUCUAACCUAUAUAAGUCUGCUAAAGGUUCUGUCAAACCUGCGUAUUCAUGUUCAUACAUCUUUUCAUAUCCAACCUAAUGAUGCAGACUGCAAGUCAAGGCUGUAUUCAAAUCCACAUAUUAGCCGUUAGGAAUUUAGUUACGCACAUAGCUGAGAUUGCGGUUUACCAAUUUUGAGUGGCUACUGAUGCUUCAGCAGUAAUAGUUGAUAGCUCACCUGUUUCGCUUAUGUUUACUGUAGUAGUGUUUUUCUUUUCUGAAUAAGAUUUGCUGGUUCUCUUGUUGUUGCUAAACUUCUAAAAGUAUGCUGCAAUAAUUGUAUAAUUGAUGUGUAUUUAAAAGGGAAAAUAUGUAUGAAAAGAACAUUCCUGGAUGAAAGUAACAAUCAAGAGAGCUGGUUAAUUGAUUUCUGGUUAUGUUUACGUUGAAGUUAGGGGUUAAUUAUUGAACAUUUGUUACUUUAAUUAAAACAUUUGUCUCACUAUUGCACUAGCGAAAAGCAAAAUGCAUUUAUGACACUGAUGUGAAAUUCUUGGCAAUCCAGAGGGAAUCAUCUUGGCUUGUACUUAAAAGUUGCUUCGCUGCUUAACUGUAGACCUGUAACUGGAGUAUUAAUCUUGUAUUGACGUUUCUAAUCCUCUUUUUGAGGAUAUUACCAACAUUCCUUAUUCCAGGUGUCUGGUGUCCGUUCUCCCAAAAUGCUCUGUAAUUAAUUGACUGCUUAGGUACUUCAGAUGUUAGUUGUAGCAAAUUCUCGUGGCCAGGUCCACAUUAAACACAAGUUCAGUUCAUAGCGCAAAUCACAAAAUUUAUCCUAAAUCUUGUCAGAAUGAAGCGUUGUUUGGUGUAGGAGUGAAUUUUGGGAUGUAUGAGUAUUUUCUUGGCAGUGACAUGUUUACUGAUUUUCUCUUUCUGUCACGGCAGAGGAAAGUCUUCUUUUAGAAAGCAAAUCACAUUUCUGAGACUAAUUGUUCAAGUCAGUGACGAACUGUGAUUUCUUUCAAUGUUAAGAGCAAAGCUGAAAGAGCUAGAGCGUUCCAUUUUUCUAUUAUUGAAAUAUUUUUUUCCUUUGGUGUAAUUUUUCCAGUAUUUAUUGUACUAGUCGAAAUAAAAAGCUAUUACUAACAUACA